GCCCGUCUCCCCUCCUUCGCGGCCCUAUAAACGGCGCGAGAACACUCCGUUCAACGCUUCUUAACCUCCCAGACCUCUCAGCGAUAGCAAUGGCUGAUACGGGCGUGCAAAUCCACAGUGUCUCUGGGGCAUCCCCUAGCGCUCCUGCAUCUACACCCAAACUAAACAAGAUCUCAUGUCAAAUCACUCAGGAAAAGAUACGCGGCGGCGCCCAAGCAAUGCUGUAUGCCGUCGGACUCACAGAGGAGGAUAUGAACAAGCCGCAGAUCGGUAUCUCGCCCAUUUGGUGGGAAGGCAACCCUUGCAACGUGCACUUGCUUGAUUUGGCCAAGCAUGUCAAAAAAGGCUGCGAGGACGAAGAGAUGGUUGGCUUGAUCUUCAACACCAUCGGCGUCAGCGAUGCGAUAACUAUGGGAACAGAUGGCAUGCGCUAUUCCCUUCCUAGUCGCGACCUGAUUGCAGAUUCCAUUGAGGCGGUGACCAUGGCCCAGCACUACGACGCCAACAUCUCCAUCCCUGGCUGCGACAAGAACAUGCCCGGCUGUCUCAUGGCCGCCGCCCGCCACAACCGGCCCACUAUAAUCGUCUACGGCGGCACCAUCCAGCCCGGCACCCGGCACGUCGACUGCCCGGGCAUGGGCUUCGAGAAGGGCGGCACCGUCAACAUCUCCGACGCCUUCGAGUCGUACGGCGCCUUCGCAGUGGGGAAGAUCAGCGACGACGAGCGCUUUGAUGUGGUCCGGCACGCGUGCCCGGGGCCCGGGGCGUGUGGCGGGAUGUUCACGGCGAAUACGAUGAGCUCGGCGCUGGAGGUGCUGGGGAUCAGUCUGCCGUACUCGGCGAGUACGCCUGCGACGUAUCCGGCGAAAGUGCAGGAGUGUGUGAAGGCGGCCGGGUAUCUGAAGAAGUUGUUGGAGAAGGAUAUCAAGCCAAAGGAUAUCUUGACUCGCCAGUCCUUCUUGAACGCCAUCGCGGUGAUCAAUGUCAUUGGCGGAUCGACGAACGCGGUUCUGCACCUUCUCGCCAUUGCGCGUGCUGCCGACGUCGAGCUCUCGAUUGAUGACUUCCAGAAUGUCGCCGACAAGACACCCUUCCUUGCCAACCUCAUGCCCUCCGGCAAAUUCUACAUGGAAGACGUCCACAAAAUCGGCGGCAUCCCUGCCAUCGUCAAAUACCUCCUCGCCAACACCACCCUCCUCGACGGCAAUCAACUCACCGUCACCGGCAAGACACUCGCCGAGAACGUUGCGGACGCCCCGGACAUCGACUUCAGCUUGCUCUCCGACGGCACGCCCGCGCAGGACGUCGUGCGCCCGUUGGAAAGGCCGAUCAAGCCCACGGGGCACUUGACGAUCUUGAGAGGCAAUCUGGCGCCUGGGGCGGCGGUGGCGAAGUUGACGGGGAAGGAGGGGUUGCGGUUUGAGGGGGAAGCGAUUUGUUUCGAUAGCUUGGACGCUGGCUUCUAUCCUGCGUUGGAGGCAGGGAAGAUCAAACCGGGUAUGGUCGUUAUCUUCCGGUAUCAAGGUCCGAAGGGUGCCCCAGGUAUGCCGGAAAUGCUCGGACCCACGGGCGCCCUCGCCGGCGCAGGUCUCCUUGGCCAAACCGCCCUCAUCACCGACGGCCGCUUCUCUGGCGCCUCGCGCGGCUUCAUUAUCGGGCACGUCGUCCCCGAGGCGCGCCUCGGCGGGCCCCUCGCGCUCGUCCACGACGGCGACCGCAUCGUCAUCGACGCCAAAACGCGCACCAUCAACUGGGAGGUCAGCGACGAGGAGAAGAAGCGUCGGGAGGAUGAGUGGAAGAAGUCGGAUCUUGGCAAGUUGAAUGUGAAGCGUGGGGUGCUGCUCAGGUAUGCGAGGGAUGUGGCAUCGGCGAGUGAGGGCGCGUACUGCGAUUGAGCAGUCGAUGGAGUGUGUCUAGUAAGGGAAAUUUCAAUGCAUCAGUGACAAUACGUGUACCACUCUGUUUCUGUAUGCUUUUGGCGUAGUCUCCAGGAAUGAGAGAAUUGACAUUCA